AUGCCCACCCGCACCCGCACCCCCUCCUCCUCCACCACCCCUCUCACAACCUCCUUCGACUCUCUCCGCUCCCUCGAUUCCCCCACCGCGUCGGAAUACAGUACGAGCCUCCUCCACCGCCAAAAACUCCCCCUACCCCCCAUACCGGACCUCCGCUUCGAGCAGAGCUACCUGGCCGGUAUCGCCGCGGCCGACGGCGUGUGGUGGAAGGUACUGCUCAUCACUGUGAGGGAC